AUUUUCAGCAUGGUGGAUUAUGGGCGUGUGUUCAGCUACUGUCUAGAGCCUGAUGCCCCUCAGUCAUCCCCAGUUCGAUCACUGUGUAGUCUUCAUGCUCUUGGAAGAGUGGCUGUUGCUCUGUGUAAUGGACGCCUCUUCUUGUGUAGCUCUGAUGUUACACCAACAUCACCUGUGCUUGGAGAGGGAAGUUUUGUUAUGACUGAACUGGCUGGUUCUACACAAGAGAUUCACUGUCUUGCUGUUUCUCAAACUCAAACUACAUGGUCUUUAUGGUGUGGAGGAAGUGAGGGCACAAUGAGUGUAUUCUCUUUAAGAGAUGAUGGCUUAGUGUUGAGUCAGGAUGCUGUAUCACACUUUACUACUUCAACACCUCCACCAACCAGUGAUGCUUGUGAUGUCUUAAUUCUUCAUGCGCCGCAGAAUCUUUCAACAGUCUCGCCACAUCUAAGAAAUUCGAUCUGGUCAUAUGUCUAUCCUGGAUGUGUCGUGUACCAUUGGGAUGCUAAAGACCAAAAACUAGUGAAUCGUUUAGAUUGCUCCAAGCUGGUGCCAUGUUCUGAAAGUUUGCAAUCUAUUAGUAUUGAGGAACACUUGUCUCCAUCUCAUUGCCAAGUAAGUAUUAUGUACAGUACACAUGUCAGAAUGACAAACCUAGAAUUAUUGUUCAUAAUUCUGCAAUAUAUAAUAGUUUUAGAGCUUUACAGUAAACUUAACAGUCCAUAAUUUUUAUAUUCCUAAAAACAUCAGUGGAAGGUGAAGUAAAGAGAAUACGAAAAUCCUAAGAAAAAUAUGUCACAAGGCAUAUGAAGGUUCUUGGCUUACAAGAAUACAUAUACUGUACUGUUCAUCUUAUAGAAUCCAUCACUCUAAUUACAUCUUAAAUUUGAAUUCAAAAUUCUCACUUUGAGUGGAGUGUUAAACUUUCAUUUUUUUAAAGCAGUGCUGUAAAUUUCAAUAAAUGAACUUCUCUCACAACCACCAACCCCACCUCAUCCUUCCUCAUGCAUUGAAGAUUUUGCUUAGGUAUUACUCAGUACUAAUGAUUCCAGUAUUGUUUUAUUUGAACUACUGUCAUAGUAUUGUAAAUAAAACUUUAGGUAUUCUCUUACACCCUCUAACACCACUGCUUCAUGCCACACACAGUUGUUUGUCAAUCAUUUGUGUUUAUAUAUUUAAGACAUUUUUAAAGUAAACAUGCCUUUGCUUGUAUGUUCUUUAAUACUACAGGUGUAAAAUGAUAGCAGUGAUCAGUGUCAUCGCAGAAUUUUGUGGAUUACAAAUAUGCAUGUGUACUCAUUAAAGAAAAUAAGAGACUGACAGUCUGCCAGGUACCCUACCAGCUGCCUCUCAAACUUGGUUUGUUUAUCUGUGUUAAUACUGUAUGUACAGUCAGCAAAAUAUUAUUCUGCACCUUUACGGGUUCCUACAGUAUGUCACACCAGACCAAGAAUUCUGAAAACACUCAUGAGUUACAGCGGAUGUUGGUAGCCCUGGCUUCUUGAGUUUCCAGUUACUCUGUAGAAUUUAGAUAGUAUUUACCAUAAGGUGUUUCAGUGUGUGCAUGCACAAUGUGUUACAAGAUGCAAAUAGAGCAGUUAACAUCAUACAAGGGGGGGGGGGUGUAUAAUUAUAUUUAUAAAAUAAUCAAAUUAAUAUCAAAAGCAACUGUCAUUACCUAUCGGUUUUGGCAACAUAAAGGUUUAUGAGUGAAUGCUUAUCAUUAUACAGUGGUCCCUCGGUUAAUGAACUCAAUUCGUUCCAGAGGGUCGUUCGUUAACCGAAAAUUUUGUUUACCAAAACCAUUGUUUCAAUGGGAUAUUGGGUAAUUGGUUUCAGCUCACAGAAAAGUACAGUAUAGUCUCGUUUUACGCGGUCAAUUAAACCCAUAGAGGUCCGCGUAUAACACGAAAUGAAAUAACAGAACAUAUGGGAUUAAUUGAAAUAGAUACUGGGCCGACCCCCAGACUACCCUUUUUCCGACACAAUA